CCCCACAGCGUGGCUGGGGCUCAGCACUGGGACAGAGUCAUCUGUUUUACCCCAGCACGCAUUUGCAUUCCACAGGUCUGGGAAACUGCGUGACCACCCAACGCUUGGUGUUUAAARCUGCUCGGGCUGGCAGCACAGCAUUUCACAUCCAGCUGCGCUGCACACACAAACUCCCCAGCCUCUGUGCUGGAAAGUGAGCUGCAAAGGAUUUUUUUUAGAAAUUGCUUUCGGAGCAGGUACAUUCCUGCACAGGCAGGAUGUCCAAACCCUCUCGCUUGGCUCGACCUGUGUCAGCUAACACGGCUCCUAAAUCGCCUUUGUCUAGGAAAGAAGAUUUAAACAGCCGAUCACGAAAAAUUAGGCUAGGUGAAAAGAUUUUGAGGGCUGGCAGCGAAGGAAACCUGGUUAAACAACAUCAGCAAGAGCAGGUGGAAAUCACAGGAGGGCUUGUGCCACGGAGGGCUCCUUUCCUGAAAGACCAGGCAAAACCCAGUUUGCAUGUAACAUCACUCGACGAUGCAGAAUGUCUCCGAUCUAAAGAGCUCCUUUCGAGCCCGAGCAGUCACACUUCCUCUAAUUCAAAGUCCACCCGCAACAUCCCUCGAAGACAUACAGUAGGUGGCCCUCGCAGUUCCAAAGAAAUACUGGGAAUGCAAACCUCAGAAAUGGACAGGAAGAGAGAGGCUUUUCUUGAGCAUCUGAAACAGAAAUAUCCUCACCAUGCCACAGCAAUAAUGGGACACCAGGAGAGACUGAGAGAUCAGACAAGAAGCCCGAAGCCGUCCCAGAGCCCACAGCACAAUUUGGGUGACCAGACAGAACACCUCUCUGAAGCAUCUGCUGAUUCCUUAGAGGCCAUGUCGGAGGGUGAUUCUCCAACCCCCUUUUCGAGGGGCAGCCGCACRCGGGCCAGUCUUCCCGUUGUGCGGUCAGCAAACCAAACAAAGGAAAGAUCACUGGGUGUAUUAUAUCUUCAGUAUGGAGAUGAAACAAAGCAGUUGAGGAUGCCGAAUGAAAUCACAAGCACAGACACAAUUCGUGCCCUUUUUGUAAGUGCCUUYCCCCAGCAGCUGACAAUGAAAAUGCUGGAAUCGCCCAGUGUCGCCAUUUACAUCAAGGAUGAGAGCAGAAACAUAUAUUAUGAAUUGUGUGAUGUGAGGAAUAUUCAAGACCGAUCUUUCCUUAAAGUUUACAACAAAGAUCCUGCACAUGCAUUUAAUCACACUUCCAGAGCAGUAAAUGGAGAUAUAAGGAUGCAGAGGGAAAUUGCUUAUCCGGGACGAGAUGGCCCAAGUGGUUCCCGCCCUGGAUCUGCCGCACACCCUCUGCACRCCAUGCCCAGCUCUCCACCCUCCACCCCGGUGCCCCACUCCAUGCCCCCCUCUCCGUCCAGGAUUCCCUAUGGCGGGGGCCGGCCCAUGGGUGUGCCAGGCAAUGCCACCAUCCCCAGGGACCGGCUCUCCGGCGUGCCAGCCUCRCGCUCCAUAUCGCCCAGCCCAAGCGCCAUCCUGGAGAGACGGGACGUGAAGCCGGAUGAGGACAUGAGUAACAAAAACCUGACCCUGGUCCGGAAUGAAGGUCUGUACGGUGACCCCUACUUGUUCCACGAGGGGAGGAUGAGCGUGGCUGCCCCGCACUCUGGACACCCGCUGGAUGUCCCSGAUCACAUCGUAGCCUACCAUCGCAGUGCCAUGAGGUCGUCGAGCACUUACUGCAACCCCUCCAUGCAGCCUGAAAUGCUGGAGCAGACCUUGUACAGACAAAAGUCACGGAAGUACCCGGAGAGCCAUUUGCCCACUCUUGGCUCUAAAACACCUCCAGCCUCGCCCCACAGGGUGGCUGACAUGAGAAUGAUUGAUAUUCACCCUCACCAUGGCGCUCACAUUCCCUCCCACACCAUCCAGCCUGACAGGUCUUCCCCCAGCCGCCAGUCCUUCAAAAAGGAGCCGGGACCGCCUGUGUUUGUGGAUGCGAAAGCACGGAGCGCUGUCGGCCUCCCGGGCAUGGCCGAGGCAAUGCCCUCACCCGUGGACAAGCAGGCCUUUGGCUACGGGUCACCUGCSAUGCCCAAGGACAAGGAGACAAGAGAGAGGAUACAAGCCAUGGAGAAACAGAUUGCCAGUUUAACUGGUCUUGUUCAGUCUGCGCUUUUUAAAGGGCCAAAUACAAGUAAUAGCAAAGAUGCUUCUAGUGAGAAGAUGAUGUUGAAAAUKGUGUCCAGCAAGGGACUCAGCGUUGACACUGCAGGUGCUGCCGGCGUAUCUGGGGGGAAGAAUGUGGAGGCAGCUGUCAGCCAGCACCCUGCUGGAGCCCCAGCCAUGCAGGUCAGCCUGCACGGAAUGAAGCGCAACGUGUCCGAUCUGCGGCUGCAGCUGCAUCAGAUGAAGCAGCUACAGCUGCAGAACCAGGAGAUGCUGAGGGCAAUGGUGAAGAAAGCAGAGCUGGAAAUCAAUGGCAAAGUGAUUGAAACAGUGAAGAGGCUUGAAGAUCCUGUGCAGCGACAGCGCAACCUGGUGGAGCAAGAAAGGCAGAAAUACCUCAACGAAGAAGAAAAGAUUGUAAAGAAGUUAUGUGAGCUGGAGACAUUUGUUGAAGACCUGAAGAAGGACUCUGCUGCUUCCAGCAAAGCAGUUACACUGAAAGAUGUUGAGGAUGGAGCCUUUCUUUUGCGYCAAGUGGGAGAAGCUGUUGCUACCCUGAAAGGAGAGUUCCCGACAUUGCAAAAUAAAAUGCGUGCAAUCCUGCGGAUCGAGGUGGAAGCUGUGAGGUUCCUCAAGGAAGAGCCACACAAGCUGGACAGCCUGCUGAAACGUGUGCGCAGCAUGACCGAUGUCCUUACCAUGCUCAGGAGGCAUGUUACAGAAGGACUGCUGAGGGGUGUGGAUCCAUCCCAAGCCGUGCCAUACUCUGCUAUGGAGAAGUCCCCUGCAGCUGACACUCUGAAGARCCAGGAGGAGCACAAGGGCACGCAGGGACAGACACAGCCAAACGUGCCGGCGGUCCCGUCCGAGGCGCUGGUGUCAUCAGUUAAGUCCGAAGUGCUCCCGUUCUCAGCCCUGACCGUGCACCACGUGCAGAGCUCGCCCGUUGUCAUCCAUCAGUCCCAGCACUCCUCAGCCCUGCUCAACCACGGCCAGGGCUCCCCCUCUGCAGGCGGUCACAGCGAAGGUGGCCACCCCUCGGCCACCCCGCCAGCCCCGCUGCAAGAGCCCACGGCAGCGUCCCAGCCCACACAAGGCACCCCGGCACCGCAGGGCUCUGUCAAUGGCACCACCAUGCAGAGCCUUUUCAUUGAGGAAAUUCACAGUGCAAGUACCAGAAAUCGAGCUGUGUCAAUUGAGAAAGCUGAAAAGAAAUGGGAAGAGAAAAGACAAAAUCUYGAUCACUAUAAUGGAAAGGAAUUUGAAAAGCUCUUGGAAGAGGCCCAGGCMAAUAUAAUGAAGUCAAUUCCAAACCUGGAGAUGCCUCCCCAGCCAGCAACCCUGCCUAAAGGGGAUGCAGCAGAAAAGCUAGAAGUCUCAGAGGAAGCUGCUGAUGGAGAACAGGACAAUGACAAGCUGACCAAGUCCCCACCUCCUCCGCCUCCGCGGCGCAGUUACCUGCCAGGGUCAGGGCUGACCACGACCAGRUCAGGAGAUGUCAUCUAUACAGCCAGAAAAGAGGCUGCUGCUGUCAAGGAAUGCAGUGAAGAUGCUGGGCAAAUUGCACAACCCAAAGCCCCUAAAGAGGAUCAGGCAUUGUCUCGGAGCACAGGGCAUGCUGUAGUACCAGCUGCAAAAGAUGAAGAGGAAGAGGAAGGAGAUAAAAUAAUGGCAGAAUUACAGGCUUUCCAGAAGUGCUCUUUUAUGGAUGUAAACUCAAACAGUCAUGCUGAACAGUCCAGAAAUGACACACAUGUUAAAGACAUAAGGCCUGGGACUUUAAUGCAUCACAAGGAAAAGAAGAAUUUGGAAUUUUGCCCCGAAGAAAGACAGGAAUCAGAUGAUACCUUGAGACAUGUCUCUGCAGCAGUAAAUGGAGUGGUAUAUGGGGCUACAACAGGAUCUCUCACAGAUAGUGACCAUCCUAAAGAGAAGAGGGAAGGGAAAACUGAAGAAGAUUUGGGUUCUGAUUCAUCCAGUACAGCUGACAAUAAAAUUGGCUUUUCAAUGAAUGACAGUCCUACCUUUAGCAAGGGUUUGUUUGUAGACAGUACAGACUACUCUAAUAAAAACCUUCAGAAUAAGAGCACAAACCUGUCUGGUGUCAGUUUGCCGGAGGAGGACAAACGAAGAGGGRCUCCAGAGAUCUUAGGAUCACAUUUUCCAGCUGUUGAGACUGGCAAACAAAAGCCACAGCACAGACUGUCGAGAGACGCUCAGCAGGGCGUGCCACAGGGGGAAGCCGUGCAGAGCGCGGGCAAGCACAUCCCCGUCAGCAGCGUUGCCCCUGUCCUGAGGCACACCCAGGAGCCUGCAGGGCCUCAGCCUUCCUCACAGGAGCAAGAAAGUUCUGCAGCCAACUUCAAUCAGAYUGUGCUGAGACCCAGAGUGUCCAGAACAAGCAGCGUGAGCAGCAUGGAAGAGAUGGAUUCUCCAGGCGGCUCUCCCAGCGAAGAAAGCCCACCCACAGAAAAUAUCGCCUUCAUGAUCACCAAAACAGCUGUCCAGGUGCUCUCGAGCGGGGAAGUGCACGACAUAGUCAGCCGGAAAGGAGGAGAUGUGCAGACGGUCAACAUCGACGCCAGGAAGGAUGUGGCAUCGGAGCAGGGCAUCCCUGAGAGCACAGACAGCGAGGAGCCGGUGGUGUGCCUGGACAAAAAACCCGUCAUCAUCAUUUUUGAUGAACCCAUGGAUAUUAGGUCAGCGUACAAACGGCUUUCUACCAUUUUUGAGGAGUGCGAUGAGGAGUUGGAAAAAAUGAUGACGGAUGAAAAGAUAGAAGAAGARGAGGAGGAGGAAGAAAAUGAAGCACAUGAAGUCUCUGAGAGGCAGAAGGAAGAGUCACCGAUAGCUCAUGAUGGAAAAGCAAACACAGAGCAUUCAGCGGCUCACGGUCCCCAGGAGCCAUGCCUGUUUAACCUUCAGUCUGACUCUGCAGAAAGCAGACCUCCUGCAGAGGAGGAAAGCACAAAGACAAAUUUUCACAAAUACCGUCAGAUCUAUGGGCUAAACUCAGAAGCAAACUCAGACUCUGCCGAUCAGUUGGGAAGCAGACAGGAUUCUAAGAAAAAAUUUAAGUUUAAAUUCCCUAAAAAGCAGCUGGCCGCUCUGACGCAGGCGAUACGGACAGGAACCAAGACRGGGAAGAAGACCUUGCAGGUUGUGGUCUAUGAAGAAGAGGAGGAAGAUGGGACCCUGAAGCAGCACAAGGAAGCAAAGAGAUUUGAAAUCACUAGGUCUCAGCUUGAGGAGAGCGAUAAAAAUCCUUCUGGGAAGCAAGAGGGACCCUCUGGAGCUGCAGUGUYCCUGUCUAGGACUGAUGAAAUUCGACAGAGUACAUACAGAACACUAGACAGCCUUGAGCAGACUAUAAAGCAGCUGGAAAACACCAUCAGUGAAAUGAGUCCAAAACCUAUCCCUGAAAACACAUACACCUCUGAGGGAAGCACUGCCCCCUUCUCUGCCCACAUAGUACCAGAGACCCCAUCCCGAGAGCGUGUAGUGCUGGAUGAGAGCCUUGCUGGCGUAGAGCCCCCUGCAUCACUCCCAGCCACUUCACGUAAGGGCUCCAGCUCCCAGACAAGCCGAAUGCCAGUCCCCAUGGCUUCAAAAACUAGACAAGGAAGCAUGGAGAAAUCAGGCAAACAGCACAAGCUGCAGGAUCCACGCCAAUACAGACAGGCUAAUGGAAGUGCUAAGAAAGCUGGUGGGGACUAUAAGGCUACUUCUCCUACCCUACCCGCUUCUAAGAUCCCUGCCUUUUCCCCCACUUCUGGGAAAAGCAGCUCAGCACCUGCUUCUAGCGGUGACAGCUCUAACCCUCUUAAUCCACCUACUAAAACCUCCAUUCCUUCCUCCUCCCUUCUCGGUCCCCAGGCAGGUCGCAUCCCUUACUCUACCUCCCUCAUCCCCUCUGUCUCUAACGGCUCCUCCAAGUUUCAGAGCCCCACUCACCCAGGGAAGGGUCACCACCUCUCGUUCUCGCUGCAGACUCAGAAUGGCCGACCACUCCCUCCUUCCUCCUCUACCUCCCCRCCCUCCUCUAUCUCCCCUCCCUCUCUGAGCCAAGGUAUGAAGAGCAUCAGGACAAUCCACACCCCUAGUUUCAACAGCUACAAGGCACAGAACGGGAAUGCCGGCAAGUCCGCCCCAUCCACGGUCAAGGAGCCAUCCUAAAGGCUAAGCACAGCACACCUGCCAGGUCACCAAGGCUUUUUGUUCACUUUCAAAGAAUCCGCAGCCAAUAUUUUAACCAGGGAAUGUAAACAUUUCGCUGUAUUGCUGGAGGCUUAAUACUAAUCACGUGCUAAAUACUGAAUUACUACACUAGGUUAGAGUGAAGCUUUUUGGAAAACUGUUGCUGUUGUAACGAUAAAAGAGCAUUUUCUUUCUAUAGGCAGCACCUCUUACAAAAAGUGUGAAGGUGUGUGAGUGAACUUGACUGCGUGUGCACAGCGGUGUACUGAGCACGGAGAAUUGUAUGGUUAAAAAUUUACUAAGUUGUUUUGUAUAAAGCUAUUUUUCAUUAUGGGUCUAGAAGUGAACAGAGAUAUACUAAAGUGUGAUUAUAUUCAACUGUAAAACUGAAACUAAAGUAUUUUUCUUUUAUUUUGGUGUUAUUUAGCUUUGUUACAGAUUUCUAUUUUUGUCAACAAAUGUCAUGGUUCCUUUCGAGAUCUUUUUGCCAAAACAUUUUGAUACUAUUGUAAUGUACAUUUGAAAGUAGUAUGCUGGACAGUAAACCUCUGCACAAGAAACAGAACAAGACUGCUCUUAUGUGUAUGAGGCAACUCAACUUAUUGCACUGCCAUUCAGAUUAUAUUUAAAAAUUUGCCAGCCAAGGAGAAAAAUAAAUUGUUUUACACAUAUAGAUAGUUGCUGAUUACUUUUUUCUUAGCUAAAUCCACCCUUUUUCCUUCAGUUUUAUUUUACUGAGACCUGGUAGCCCAUUAACGUAUUGCAUUGUGGAUUUURAAAUGUACACUUCAGUACUGUUCUGUAUACUGGCAAACUUUUGUAYAUAUCUAUAAAUACCUAUAAAUAAAUAAAUACUGUAUGUGGCUGGGCACAUAGAGUAGUUUUACCACACCAAAGUAAAUUUUUAUGCAUGCUUAAAAAUAUAUAUGGGGAAGGGUUGAAAAAGAUGGAUAUCAGUUAAAUAGGAGAAGAGUGAGAAACUUGCAUASCUAAUGGUUUUGUAAAUAAAUUUAUUUGUAUAACACCAUAAUGUAAUAUAMAGAACUAUGAUAAGCAAAGAUCUUUACAAAAAUAAAGGGCUGCAUGCUUAUAUAUUUGUAUUUUGUCACUAGUAACUUUCMAAAUGGUCUCAAUUAGCUGUUCAGCUGUUGGCCUGAGGGUGUUAAACCAUUAGGAGAAAACCUGACUUUAUUUUCYCCAGACUAAGGCCA